GUAGAAGCUGUCACAUUUUGCAGGAAAUGGAUGUCAUCCAGAAACGGGAGGAAAACUGUUAUUGCUACAUGCAAAACAGAACAAUGCACUUACAGUACGUUUGGUCGACUCUUCAGGUAAAAGUUAACAGCAGAGAAAUAUUUAGGUUCGAGCCUAUUUCAGAACAAAGCAACUGUCGUAAUUCGGAAACUGUUUUUGAGUUUGCUGCAUGUGCUGUUCAAAUCUUCUGGAAACCAGAGACAUCUACAGAAACUUUCCUAAGCAUAAAACAAUAUGGAGAGGAUAUUUGUUUCAAAAUACAGCCCUUCAAAACAGAACUGUACACUGUGAGCGUGAAACGAGAAAUGCUAGAUGGAAAGCUCUUGUUUUUGUUCAUAGCUGGAAUUUUUCUGUUCCAUUUUGCAAACAGCCUGAGCAGGAGUACCAAGUUCUUUUACCUUUCUGGAAUAAUACUGGGUGUUCUUGCUCUGCUAGUCUUUGUCCUGUUGACACUUAAAAGGUUUAUUCCAAGGCACAGUACCUUCUGGAUCUUAAUGAUUGGCUGCUGGAUGUCCUCUCUCUAUUUUAUUUACUGCUUCAAAGAGAAUAUGCAGUGGCUGUGGUCUGAACACAGAACCUACUUGUUGGGGUAUUUUCUGUCUGUUGGACUCGCCAGCUUCACCACUUGCUAUCAGCAUGGGCCGCUUACCACUGAACUAAAUAUAACCUUGUUCGCGUGGACGCUACAAUUAACGGCCUUUGUCUUGAUUUAUUGUGGUGUCACCAUACCUCAGGUUGCAUAUGCAGUAAUAGCAGCCAGCCUCUGUUCAAAAGGCCUGUGUUACCCCCUCGGUGCUGCUUGUCACAUUGGCAGAAAAAUGAAGAAUCACUUUAAAUCAAAAAAGUUAGUGUUUAAAUACUUUACUGAGGAAGAGUAUCGAGAACAAGGUGAAACAGAAACUAUCAGAGCUCUGGAGGAGCUACGCUCAUUCUGCAGGAACCCUGACUUCCCAUCAUGGUUAGCUGUAUCCAAACUCCAGUCCCCACACAGGUUUGCAGAUUUUGUUCUGGGAUUUCCCCACGUCUCACCUGCAGAAGCAAAGGUGCAUGAGGAGGAAUACGGUAUCGGGAGCUUUUUCCUGGAAGAGCAGCUCUUUGAGACAAUGGCAGAAUCUGAGCAAAAUGAUCCAGCCAGUUCCAUCCACGAAGAAGAGGAGGAGGAUGAAGAUGAAACGCAUAAACAAAUUUCAUUUCCAUAUGCUACUGAGUUGCUCUGA